AUGGCGGACAUCAUCCGUGAAGCCGCCAUCGGCCAAGUCAUCCGCUGGGUUUCUGGCAACCGCUAUCUGAAAUACCCCGAAGAAAAGGACGACUUCACAUUACCCGAGCCAUGGAUCCAGCUCAUGAACGGCAUUCCCAUCACAUCAGCAAACACUUCCACAUCAGAUGCCUCCACCGCCGCCGAGGACAAGGAGACGGGCGGCAUCCUGCGGACUCCAUCCAAUGGGUCCCACGGAAGCACUGCCCGAGAUCAAUCUCCACAGCCGUCUCGAGCGCCAAAGGAUGAGGAGCAGGCGCCCGAAUCGGGAAGACGGCGGUCUUCAGCGGAGCAGUCGGUCUCGCAUGAGCACGCUCAGCACUCGGAAUGGGGCGACAUGACACGCCGGAGACACGAUGAGGAUGAGGAGCACGAGCUGGAAAAGGUCAAGAGCAUACCCAUCGUGCCUCAGACAACAAAGGACGGCGCCAUCCUCGUCGAUUGGUACUACACAGACGACCCCGACAACCCGUACAACUGGUCGCGCAACAAGCGCCUGCUCAUCAACGUCAUCAUCUGUCUCUACACUUUUGUCGUGUACACAACCUCCGCCAUCUACACCACCUCCGAGGGCGGCAUCAUGCAGCGCUUCGGCGUCAGUGAGAUCAAGGCCACCCUCGGCCUGUCCAUCUACGUGCUGGGCUACGGUAUCGGUCCUCUAAUAUUCUCCCCCCUAUCUGAGAUUCCCCUGAUUGGACGAAAUCCCGUGUACAUUGCCACCAUGUUCAUGUUCGUCAUCAUCUCCAUCCCGACAGCCUUUGCGCCAAACUACCCCGGCCUGAUAGUCCUGCGUUUCCUCCAGGGCUUCUUUGGAUCACCGUGUUUGGCAUCUGGAGGUGCUUCUCUCGGUGACAUGUACAGCUUGAUGGCCCUGCCUUUUGCCAUGAUGUCCUGGGUCGCUGCCGCAUACUGUGGACCUGCUCUGGGUCCUCUUCUUAGCGGUUUCGCCGUCCCCGUAGAAGGCUGGCGAUGGUCCCUCUUCAUCUCCAUCUGGGCCUCUGCCCCCGUCUUCAUCGCCAUGUUCCUGCUCCUCCCCGAGACCAGCAGCGCAAACAUCCUGCUCCGCCGCGCCCGCCGCCUGCGCAAGCUCACUGGCAACAAGCGCUUCAUGUCCCAGAGCGAGAUUGACCAGCAUAACCUCCGCUACCGCGACAUUUUCUGGGAUGCCUUGAUCAAGCCCCUUGAGAUUACCUUGAAGGAUCCUGCCGUUUUGUUCGUCCAGGUUUACACUGCCAUCAUCUACGGCAUCUACUAUUCAUUCUUCGAAGUCUUCCCCCUCGUCUACCCCGUCUUCUACGGCAUGAACCUCGGCCAAGUCGGCCUCGUCUUCCUCUGCAUCCUCGUCUCCUGCAUCAUCGGCAUUGUCGUCUACUCCGCCUACCUCUACUUCUGGCAGAACCCCCGCAUCGAGAAAUACGGCUGGCCCGUCCAGGAAGAGCGUCUCAUCCCCGCCUUGCCGGCCUCCAUCGGCCCCACCAUCGGCCUCUUCCUCUUUGCCUGGACCGCCCGCGCCUCCAUCCACUGGAUCGUGCCCACCAUCGGCAUCACAAUCUACGGCGCCACCGUCUUCAUCGUCAUGCAGGCCGUCUUCAUCUACGUGCCGCUCAGCUAUCCGCGGUACGCCGCCAGUCUGUUCGCCGCAAACGACUUCUUCCGCAGCGCCCUUGCCUGCGGCAGUGUCUUGUUUGCGCACCCGUUGUUCGGCAACCUUGGCGUUGCAAAGGGCACCAGUCUUCUCGGCGGCCUCAGCGUCAUUGGCAUCAUUGGUAUUUGGCUGCUGUACUAUUAUGGCGGCAGACUCCGUACGCUGAGCAAGUUUGCUGAGUCGGAUGAGCCAAAGACCGGGGAGCCUGCUACUCAGCAAGAGAAGAAUUGA